AUGCUUCUAAAAACCGUGAUUGGACUAUCGUCCGUUGCUCUGGUCGCUGGAUUAUUCAACCCGUUAUUGCCGUCUCUCGGAGAUUAUUUGUUGAAUGAGAAGCAAGUGAAGACCUUCUUCUCAACUGGAUCCAAAGAUUUGGCACUGGGAACUUGUAAUAGUGUCCCAUUUGCUUCUGCUCAGGCUGGUUUCGCAUCUGCAGUUGGUCUGCCAGUAACCACCACUUGGCGUGAUGCCAAUAUUCUCACCAAUGCAACAAUCACAAUGAUUGAUCAAGGAAUCGAUCAACUUGCUGCUGUUUGCGGAGCCCGUCAACUCUUCGUCCAAACGCUUGGCUUCACCUAUGACACGUGUAUCGAUCGAUUUUAUUUGAUCUCUCUUGGAAACACGGAUUGGUGGAAUGUAAUGCAAUACACUCAUCUCAUGAAACAUCUCGAAUUCAUCUGCAGUACUGGAUUCGAUGUUUACCAAAACAACAUCGACUGUAUCCGUAAAGGAGAAACCACUGAUGGAAACCAAUACCGCGCGUGUUUCUACAAAUUCAACGCGACCGUCAACGCGAAUCCAAACAAUUUCUGCGGAGCCACCGAGUCAUUCAUCGGAUGCAUAAAGGACUUCUUCACUACCGAAUGUAAUGGAUACGUCGGAUGGAUGCAAUGCGAGUUGGAGAGAAUCGGAUUCGCCUAUGAUUGCUAUGGACUUUCGUGUUAA